AUGAAUAGGGAGAAGAGUCGUGCUAUAUUGCAAACAAUUUGGUGGUUGCUAGCAGCAGCGCGGGUGGUAACCGCUGGGCUAUCCUGCCUCAGCAACCCUUGCUUACACGGCAUUUGUAUAGACGACGUUAACACAACAUACUCUUGUUAUUGCGUGGAUGGCUAUACUGGUGUCCAGUGUCAGACAAAUUGGGACGAGUGCUGGUCAAACCCGUGUCAGAAUGGAGGUACCUGUAUUGAUGGUAUUGCAUCUUUCAACUGCUCCUGCCCCGAUGGAUUUAUUGGUGAUAAUUGUGAGACGAAUUACGACGAAUGCGAAUCCAACCCCUGUCUGAACAACGGAACUUGCAUUGACAUGGAUAAUGGCUACCUCUGUUCGUGUGUUCCCGGAUACUCUGGGAUGCAUUGCGACAUUGAUGAGGCAGUCUGUAACUCUACUGAGGAAGUGAGGUGCUAUAACGGAGGACAGUGCAUCGAGGGGCCUGGUUUUAAAUUCUAUUGUAAAUGCCUGCCAGGCUGGGCUGGACCUAAAUGUGAAGAUCAAAUAGAUGAAUGUAAAUCCAACCCAUGUCUUAACGGUGGAAUAUGCAUAGACGUUCACGCCGACUACAUGUGCGCUUGCACAUUUGGGUACACUGGUAAAAGCUGUGAAGUUCAAAUAGAGUUUUGUGAUAAGAACUCUUGCAGCAAUAAUGCUCUUUGUGUCGUGGAAGAUGGAGCAAGAGUGUGUUAUUGUGUGCCCGACUAUCAUGGAGAAAGAUGUGAAUUGCAAUAUGAUGAGUGUUUACUAGGACCUAGAUGCUUGAACGGGGGCACUUGUGUCGACGGUGUGGACAAUUUCACAUGCUCCUGUCCUCCAAUGUUAACGGGUCCUUUAUGCGAAUGUCUCAUCCUUGGCGACGAGCGCUACGACUGCGAAUACGUCAGCCCAACACCUUUAACUAACUUCACACUGUCUGUUCUGACCACAUUACCAGGAGAAACUACCACACACACAACUAUCAAUACCGAAAUAUCUUCCACUUAUACUACUUACAAUGAUACUACAGCAUCAAUCACAACUGUAGGUGAUAUUACUUCAAUGACUACAAUUACAACUAGCAGUCAAACCAACAUCGACACUACUACAAAGUCAAGCGAAAGUACAAUAAAAGAAACCGAGCUAACUUCCACAGCUACUGAAACAGUCACAACAAGUGAAGCCACGACUAAAGCUGAAAUGGUAGAACCAACGGAAAAAGAAGAAACUCGACCGACAGUAGAAUCGGAAAACGCUAAAACAGAAGCAACUACUGAAUGUAGUGGAACUUGUAAUGAAACUGUUACUAAAGCUCCUACUACAGUAACAGAAGUCUCUGUAGGUUCUACAUAUACUACUAAGUCUUUGCCAACUGAUGAAGUCACGGAGGAAAUUGCUACGUCUUCUACCACAAGUAGCACUCCUAGCAACACAACUCCGGGGAUGGUAACAGAAAUAACAAUAACGUCCAAAUUAGAUGUCAGCACAGACCAAAUGUUUACAGACGUGCCAACUGAUCAGCCUGUCACCGACUAUCCUGUAACUAUUCCUACAGUGUUUACUACAACUACCGAAGUAAUUGAAGUUACAAGUGAGACUGAACGGGAAACGCCAUAUACUACAGUACAGUCUGAAUGUACUGAUUCUAUUUGCAAUGAUCAUGGCAGUUGUAUCAAUACUCCCCAUGGUAUUCGAUGCCAUUGCAACUUCAACUACGCUGGAAGAUUUUGCGAUGAGAAAAUAUCAGUUACGUCAGCUGCCUUCGGAGGUAAUUCAUUCAUAGCUCACAAGCUGAAAAAUGACUCCUUAAUUGACAUAGAAUUUAACGCAAAAACUCUCAUCACCGAUGGACAAAUCAUGCAUGUGGACAUAGCGAAGGGAGUGUACAUGCAACUUUAUAUGAACUCAGGCUUAUUAAAAUUCAAGUUUUCCUGUGGAUACCAAACGAUGCUUCUAAGUGAACUGAAAACUUUCGUUAAUAAAGGAUAUCCAAUGAAAAUUGAAACCAGACUGGACUUGUACAUAAACGAGCAGCACUGUAACGCUACCCUUCGAUUGAACGAUACAGGGGCAAUGAGCGGUGGUCAGGUCGCGAACAUCACUUCUCUUGAUCACAACUCUAGGCUGUACUUGGGUAAUUUACAAGACUUCAAGGAUCCAGAGAAUAAACCGUUCAUUGGGUGCAUAAGUGACCUGAUUGUGAAUGGCGAGAAGCGUGAAGUCUUCGGUGAAGCCGUAGACGCAGGUGAAGUAACAGAGUGCUUGUCGCUGUCCUGUCUUUCCGCACCAUGUGUUAAUGGAGGAUCCUGCAGCGACCAUCACAAUGGAGGGUAUACCUGCUCAUGUGCUAAUGGUUGGGUCGGGAGUCACUGUAACGAAUCCGUGUGUGACAAUAAUCCAUGUCAGUCAGGUGGCAGCUGUGUUCGGCACCCAGGAAGUGGCUUCUUGUGCCUCUGCCCUUAUGGGAAACAUGGGAUAUUCUGUGAAUAUAAUGUAGACAUCACGCGUCCGUCACUUGCUCCCAUCAGCACGGGUAUAUCAUCCUACAUAAUGUACGCACUAUCUGCGGCUGCUAUGAAUUCUGACCGUUUCGACUUGCGCCUGCGAUUUCAAACGACCGACAUGGACCAGAUAGCACUGCUUAUGUUUGUUGGUCAGACUGGACGGCACGACUCGCGCAGUCAGCAUAUUGCACUGACGUUCGUCAAGGGAUACAUAAUGCUGACGUGGAAUAUGGGUGGUGGUCCUCGUAGAGUUUUCACAUCGCGGGCUUUGAGCCCACGUCGCGGUGGACAUGUGGUACGAAUCUGGCGCCGCGGCAGAACCGCAGGGCUCAGUGUUGACGGUCGACACAACGUAUCCGGGAAUGCACCAGCUCACACCACUAAGAUGACACUGCUUCCCUAUAUUUAUAUCGGUGGGCACCCCUCGACAGGCUUCAUUGACCUGCCCCACGAUCUUCCUCUCCACUCUGGUUGGCGUGGUUGCUUUUGGGAAGUUGGUGGGGGGGCAGUGGGCUCUGGUGCUCGACCGAUCGGAGGUCGAGGUAUCGGACAGUGCGGUGUGGCACAAUGUACUGCCAAGUCUUGUAAUGCUCCUCGUGGAGUGUGUAUUCACUCGCCAGCAACUUAUGGGUGUAUAUGCAACGAGGGUUGGUUCGGUGCCACCUGCUCCAGUGCACACAACCCCUGCGACAGCGCGCUCUCAAAAUGUCGCGGCCAGUGCGUCAUCACACCCGACGCUGACACCCAGUGCGACUGUCCUUAUGGAAAGACCGGACUUUACUGCGAUAGAGAUUUACUACCAACCGACGUUCUAUUCACGGGAAUCAGGUCGUAUUUGCAGCUCCACCCUAGCUCCAUAUCAAGCGUCAGCUUGACCUUUGAAGCGGAAAUAAAACCUACCAAAGAACGAGGCCUAUUGCUAUUUGCUGAUACUCCACAUUUUUAUACCGCGCUGUCAAUGCAAGGAGGCCUACUGGAAUAUCGAUGGACUGACCGUUUAUCAGGAGUUACAUCAUUGGUACGUAGCGGUGUGGUAAUAUCGAUGUCGCAGUGGCACAACGUGAAGGCAGGCCGCUACGGCAGCCGGUUGUAUGUGUGGGUGGACGGUACGCUCAACACCGAGGCAAUGUUGGCACACGCUUAUCCUCACACGGCUAGCAACGCUACCAUACUACUUGGUGGUGCAAAGGAUUUGUCGACGUUACCUUUUGAUGCGAUGUCAGGUGCUCCGGAGUUCUACAUGGGUUGUAUUAAAAAUCUUCACAUCAACAACAUAAUGUUGCCUCUUGAGCAGAAAAACAUACAAGAGGGUCGCAACGUCGGCGACUGCGACGGAACGGCUUGCGGUUCGGAGGCUUGCGGCGGCGGAGCUUGUGUGGUCGAGAGGGGACGCGCGCGCUGCGCGUGCGCCGGCGGCGGCACGGGCGAGGGCGCGCGCUGCCGCCGCCACGACGCGGCCUGCGCGCCGCACUCCUGCGCGCCGCCGGGGGGCCGCUGUCGGCGACAGCAGUGCGUGUGCGCAGCUGGAUAUGCGGGCUACGACUGCCAAUACAAAAUUAACGUAACAAUUCCUCAAUUCGAUGGAACUUCUCUGGUAUCGCUGACCCGCUCGCCUACGAGCCUCACAAAUCAGCAGAAAUUGGCACCGACUUUCCUAAGGCCCGACCACAUCGCGCUCAACUUCACCACCGCUGAACUUAAUGGCCUGUUACUAUGGAUUGCUAUGGAUACAGAUCACAUAGGCUUGGGAUUAGAAAACGGAUACCUCAGGAUAGUUUGGUUAUUACAGAAUCACGUUCCCAUGGUCGUUCAUCAUUAUUCCAAGGACGUAAGCCUCGCUGAACCGUCGAGAAUGUUCUCCAAAUUACUGCCAUAUGCGGGGUUUUUCUCUGAUGCCGAAUGGCACACGGUUAUCUUAAAAAUGGCAAUGUCAAAUUUGACUCUCACUGUCGAUAGAGUUUUGGUUUACACUACGGAAUUGGGAUUGAAGUAUGAAAAUGACGACCAUGGUGUGGAUGUAUACAUAGGUGGAAUCACUGAAGAAAAAAGCGAACUAGUCCAGAAAGUAUUUCCUCAUAAUUUCAAAGGUUGUAUUGACCACAUAUCUACGAAAGAAAAAUCCUACAUAACGAAUUACACAGAAAUUUACAGUGAAAAUGUUAAGUCUUGCCAACUGUUCCCACCGAUGUAA